UCCGGAGGCAGGGGCGCGGGCGCGGAGAGGAGAGGCGAGGCGAGGCGCGCGAGCGGCGGCGGCGGCCACUGCCACGUAUUCCCGGCAGUGGCGGCGGCGGCGCGGGAGGAGGAAUAACUCAAGUCACCUCUGCUGGAAAUCGGUUUGCUGAAACUAUUGAAACAGCAAUUCUUGAAGUUGAAGAAAAGCAGGUUCCGCGCCUUUGACCAGAGGAGUGUGGCCCUUGCUUCACAACCCUCUCCGGACACGCCCUCCCAGCAUCCCCCGGGAAAGAUGCGGCAGCUCAAAGGGAAGCCCAAGAAGGAGACGUCCAAGGACAAGAAGGAGCGGAAGCAGGCCAUGCAGGAGGCCCGGCAGCAGGUCACCACGGUGGUGCUGCCCACCCUGGCCGUGGUCGUGCUCCUGAUCGUGGUGUUCGUGUACGUGGCCACGCGCCCCACCAUCACCGAGUGAGCGCCGGAGGCGGGGGAAAGCCCCGGAAACAUGGCUUGCGUCCUCAGAGAUGUUCCCCGAUGCUGAGCUCUGAGCAGGGGCACCUGUCUUCUCUGCUCUUUGACUUGAUUAAAGUUUUUCCACUUUUCUUGGGAGGGAAUAGGGAGCGUUUUAUCAGUGAAUGUGCCAUACACCUUAUGGUCCACUUCAUGUGCCUUUCAGACUUCAAAGCGGGGUGUGUGUGUGUGUGUGUGUGUGUGUGUGUGUGUGUGUGUGUCUUUUUCUCCCCUAAAACCCAUGUGCAGCUCCCCCUGGCGAGAGGAGGGGCGUCGGGAUCAUGAAUGAGUUGGAAUCAGUGCUCACCCCACCCCCAUUGUUUCAAACAUGACUCUUUUCCCACCUGUGUCCACAAUUUCCAAAGGGACUGUAUUUCUUCUCUGUGCUUAAUGUGAUUUUCAAGAUGUCGACUCAAAAGUGAAAUAUUUAUUUUUCGAAUAAAGGAGAUGAUAGC